GGGAUACACAAAAAAUCAGUAAGAGGGUCUAACGACACCCUUGCUUACCAUCUAUCGCAUGCAGGUCGUAGCCAGCAAUGACAGAGAACAGGCCAUCUCUCUGACGUCUUUUAAAUUGCCCUCGGAUAUGUGAGCACGCCGCUGGCGCUCAAGCACGGUAGAAUCCGGCAUUUCUCUCGGCAUAACAGGGCUCCCAGAGGGCCCAACUCUAUUGCUCAUGUUGGUUAAAAUUCCGGGACAAGUCUUACGGCCGUACCUUACCCGCUACCGUCCCCCAAGCCCUGCCAAAAAAUCUUGCAGACCACAUCUGUCUCCUUGCAACCCAAAGAGUUGUGGCCAAUGAACUUUUCCCUGGCUACGGACAAUCCGUUUAAUACGACUCUCAUCUCGCCGGAGGGUCGAGUGGUUUAUCGGAUUGAGACGCUCACCACCAGCUAUGCGCUCACAGGGACGCUCACCACUACCGUCUUAAAAGUAGCACCUAAUGGCCAAAACGAAGGCGAAUUGGGCCGUAUCGUAUGGCAGUCUGGCAAACCCGGUACCGUGAUCGCCCACGGACACGAAUUACACAUAGCCAAAAGUAAACUGUGGGGAUCGUCGAGAACGUUCACCGCUCUCAACGGUCAAUCGUAUAAGUGGUCCUUCGACAACGGAUCUUCGCUUAUGGCCAGUAACGAUAGCAGGCAGGCACCUGCCGCGACCUAUACGCCAUCCACGCGAUCUAACCCUGGCCUUCUCCAUUUCACACCACAUGGACUGACUAUCACAGGAGACGUUCUUGUCACUUUCGUCUGUGUCGAAGGCGAACGGAGGAAUUCUCAAAGAAAAAAAACGUUGUAGCACCUCAUUUCUUCCCCAGCUUUUUUGUUCCUUCUCUUUCUUUGUCUUCUUCUCUACUUUUCGUGUCCCCAGGUAUCCCAUCCCCUUUCUUGAAGCAUUUUGACUGGAAUGCACCAGUGUGGGAAUCGGUUUGGUUUUAUGGUUCUGGUUUCCCGUUCGACUCGUAUUAAUACAUUGUAUGUGAUGCACCGCCUUGCACGUUAACGAGAUUUACUUCCGCGGAAGGAGAACAGGAUCGAUCGUGUGUUGAUCGAUGAUUGAUCGGUCUAGUGAUCUGUACUGUUCAGCUAUCUCAGUUCACUCGGCUCGUCUCGUCGCAUCAACUAUUGGAAUGCUACGUAGAUGGGCUGCACGAUAGAUACACAGGACCUGCAAUGCAAUCGCGGAUGCGUG